AUGUCGUACGGAGGCGGCGGCGGCGGCUACGGCGGCAGCUACGGCGGUGGACGCCAUGGCGGCGGUGGACACUCGAACGGCAACGGGUACGACACGACUGCUGGAGGAUAUGGUGGAUCCGCGUAUUACGAUUAUUCCGGCGGCCAAUAUGCUUAUGGAUACAGCGGUUCCAACAGCUACAGCGGUGGCGGCGGAGGCGGUUAUGGAGGUGGAGGUGGAGGUUAUGGUGGUGACCGACGCGGCGGAGGAUUUGGCGGCGGCGGUGACAGAAUGAAUAACCUCGGCGAUGGUCUUCAGCAACAAAACUGGGGUAUGUGCACAAAUGUAACCUUAUUCACGAUACAGCUAACGGUACGGAAAGAUCUUGACACCCUUCCGAAGUUCGAGAAAUCGUUCUAUAAGGAGGACCCAGCUGUGAGCAGCCGCCCAGAGUCCGAAGUCCUAGAGUUCCGCAAGGAGAAGGAAAUUACUGUGCAGGGCAAACAGGUCCCCCGACCUGUAACCACGUUCGACGAAGCUGGUUUUCCUUCAUACGUUAUGAGCGAGGUCAAGGCGCAGGGUUUCGCCAAACCCACGGCUAUCCAGUCCCAGGGUUGGCCUAUGGCUUUGUCUGGACGCGAUGUCGUCGGUGUCGCCGAGACAGGCUCUGGAAAGACGCUCACCUACUGUCUUCCGGCUAUCGUUCACAUCAACGCUCAGCCUCUGCUUGCCCCUGGCGACGGACCGAUCGUCUUGAUCCUUGCUCCCACUCGUGAAUUGGCCGUCCAGAUUCAACAAGAAAUCAGCAAAUUUGGAAAGUCCUCCAGAAUCAGGAAUACCUGCGUCUACGGAGGUGUGCCCAAGGGUCCGCAAAUCCGCGACCUUGCCCGCGGUGUCGAGGUGUGCAUUGCUACGCCCGGUCGUCUGAUUGAUAUGCUCGAGGCUGGCAAAACCAACUUGCGCCGUGUUACCUACUUGGUCCUUGAUGAGGCUGAUCGUAUGCUUGACAUGGGUUUCGAGCCUCAGAUUCGCAAGAUCAUUGGCCAGAUCCGUCCGGACCGUCAAACGUGCAUGUGGUCGGCUACCUGGCCCAAGGAAGUGCGUCAGCUUGCUGCUGACUAUCAGAAAGACUUCAUACAGGUCAACAUUGGCUCCAUGGAACUUUCUGCUAACCACCGCAUUCAACAAAUUGUUGAAGUUGUUACCGAUUUCGAGAAGCGCGACAGGAUGAGCAAGCAUCUUGAGACUAUCAUGAACGAUAAGGAAAACAAGGUCUUGGUCUUCACAGGUACCAAGCGUGUUGCUGACGAGAUUACUCGAUUCCUCCGGCAAGACGGAUGGCCAGCGCUUUCCAUCCACGGAGAUAAGCAGCAGAACGAGCGUGACUGGGUGUUGAACGAAUUCAAGACGGGCAAGAGCCCCAUCAUGGUUGCCACCGACGUGGCUUCCCGUGGUAUUGAUGUUCGUAACAUUACCCAUGUGCUCAACUAUGACUACCCGAACAACUCGGAGGACUAUGUUCACCGUAUUGGUCGUACUGGUCGUGCUGGUGCCAAGGGUACCGCCAUCACCUUCUUCACCACUGAGAACUCCAAGCAAGCUCGUGACCUCGUCGGUAUACUCACCGAGUCCAAGCAGCAGAUUGAUCCUCGCCUUCACGAGAUGGCUCGCUAUGGCGGCGGUGGAGGUGGCGGUGGUCGCUGGGGAGGCGGUCGUGGCCGUGGCCGCGGUGGAGGCGGUAAGCCGUCCUGA